GGACGACGUGUCAUUGAGCCUUGUGGUUUUACCGGAACCAAAACUUCUCAUAACGACCUUGUCUUUUCUCUUUACAUUGUUCAGGCUCCACUGUUCCUAACUUCCUCAACGUUCCCAAUUGCUCGAUUCCUAAUCAUUGGCCCGCCUGGAGAUAAGACCGCCAGAUUCAAUUUCACCAAAAAAUUCGUCCAAUUUUCAAAAAAAAAAAAAAAACGAAAAACAACAAAGAUAAUCAGCGAACGGUGAAAGAGGGUACCGUGGGUCGCGUUGCGUGCGCUGAGAGCCAGCAACAAGGAAUCUACAAAGAGUUUAGGCGAUUCUACUUGUUAUCUAGGGUUACGAAUUGUAUGAAUUUGAUACGAGUUUUAGCGAAUCAAGGAGGAGCUUCUUUUAUCUUCGUCGUCCCAGUUGUCAUUGCCGGAUGUGAUUAUAUUCAUAGAUAGACUACAUAGAUGUUCUCGUACAAUUUGAAGGGGUUUAUCUUGGCCGUCGUUUCCAGUGCUUUUAUUGGCUCCAGCUUCAUUAUUAAGAAAAAGGGCCUCCGUCGAGCCGCGGCCAACGGCCGUCCUGCCGGUGUUGGAGGAUAUGGUUAUCUGCUCGAGCCUCUCUGGUGGGUCGGAAUGAUUACGAUGAUUGUUGGGGAGGUCGCCAAUUUUGUGGCUUAUAUUUACGCUCCUGCGGUGCUUGUGACGCCACUUGGUGCUUUGAGUAUUAUUGUCAGUGCUGUCUUAGCACAUUUCUUGUUGAAUGAGAAGCUCCGAAAAAUGGGCAUCUUGGGGUGUCUUCUGUGCAUAGUUGGAUCCACUAUUAUUGUACUCCAUGCACCCCAAGAGCGGCCUAUUACUUCUGUACUAGAAAUAUGGGAAUUGGCCACUCAAACAGGUAUACUUCUGAGGUUUGAUUCAUUUAUCCAGUGUAGUGUCUCUUGGCUGCACGAGUCACAAGGGAUAUUUUUUCCUGAUCAAUAUUUUCUUCUGGCAUACAGCUUUCCCUUGUAUACGGCUUCAGCUGUAGCUGUAUCACUGGUAUUGAUCUUAUAUUGUGCCCCCCGAUGUGGCCAAACUAAUGUCUUUGUUUAUGUUGGGAUAUGCUCUGUAAUUGGGUCCUUGACAGUCAUGAGUGUAAAAGCUAUUGGCACUGCCAUCAAACUUACAUUAGAGGGAAGAAACCAGGCUGUAUACUUCCAAACAUGGAUUUUUGCAAUGGUUGCUGUUACCUGUGUCAUAAUUCAGUUAAAUUAUCUUAAUAUGGCACUGGAUACUUUUAACACAGCAGUUGUUUCUCCCAUCUAUUAUGCCUUGUUCACAUCUUUUACCAUAUUAGCCAGUGCAAUCAUGUUUAAGGACUAUAAUGGUCAAAGUGCAAGCAGUAUUGCAUCCGAGCUUUGUGGUUUUAUUACUGUUUUAUCUGGAACAACUGUAUUGCACAGUACAAGAGAACCUGAUCCUCCAGCCAAUAUAGAUUUGUACACACCAUUGUCUCCAAAAGUGAAAAGGUAUGUCCAAGGCAAUGGUGAACCUUGGAAACAAAAGGAGGAAGAUGGAGCACCAUUUAAUUUAAUCACAAUAGUACGGCAAGACCAUUUUAAGUGACAGUAAGAGACUUAAACUGCUUAAAGUCAGGCCCAUCCCGUGACAUCCUGCCAACGGGGUUCAAGCCGUGUUACGAUGUUCUAUCAAUUUGGUUUAGCAGGAGACUUACAUUGUGCAGGCAUAGAGAGGGUGGUGUCUCUUUCACUCUCCCCAAUACACGUGCAAUGGAGAAAAUUCCCUGGUUCUGGGGUUGACCACGUGGUGGAUGCUAAUGUGAUUUUUCAGACUGAUUAGUUAAUGGGGGAUGGGGACUUUCAUACUUUUGUACAGAGAAUCUAUCAAUUUUGCUAUUUUCUCUGACUUUGUAAGUUGAGAGGCUUUGAUGCUGCAUGGCUUAUGGCUUGAACAGAUCUGGCUCGCUAAAUUGGGGUUGUACCCUUUUUCUUUCUUUGUUUUUUUUUAAAUGAAGUUCUAAUGUUCUACUGCACGGCAGAGAAUCUAGUUUCAA